UCCAUUAUUCAUUAUGCCCUCGGGAUUGGGUACAAAUGUCACACAAUAUGGCCUCGUUGCAAACCCCGUUUGCCACCGUUGACAAUGCCCUUUCCGUUCUAACACGCUGUCCUUCUUUUUCUCUGCUGCGUGCACCGCGACGGAGUGUGGGCCCGACGAUCCUCGACCCAGCCCCUCCUCACCUCACGACGGGGCUGCUGGUGCGUUGUCAUGCGUACGCCCUGGAGGUUCCCUUCGACGGUAGCGCGUCAUCGAGACUGGCAUCAGACUUUGCAAGAUGGCCAUCACGUCCACACAGAAGUCUGCCAUUGAAGACAUCAUCAACAUUCUCGUCGCAGCAACGCCUUCCCGUGGAAAACGCAAAAUGGCUGACAUGUUCUUGGAAUUAGUCGACAGAAGUGAUUGGCCAGAAUAUUACGAGGUCAUCCCAGAACCACGCUGUAUCAACGGCAUACGCGCAAACGUGGAGAAAAACAGAUACAAGGACCCUCUCAACGCGUACACUGACUUGUCACUCGUGUUUUGGAACGCGUUGUUCUACAACGAACCAGGCAGUCAAAUUGCAACGGACGCAGAAACUCUCAAGAACAUUCUCGUGACCGAAUGGCAAAAACGGACCGUGCUUCCCUCUCCACGCCUCUCCCCUCCACCGGCAUCGCCUCAAAAAGUUCACAAAGCACUCGCUUCUGCUCAGCCACAGCUAGGCCAGCCUGCUGCUGCUGCCAUCAAACCAGAUCCCUCCAAUUCGAAAUUGGCCCCCUCGCAAUUGGCGUCCUCCCCAGAAAUGGAUGUCGACGUCAACGGCAUGUCCCCAGAACCAGAAGGUCAGUCCGAGGAGGCUGGCAUGGGCUCCGUAGCUGGAGACGGCGACGGUGAUAGCGAAACAAUCAUUCGUCAGCUCGAACAGAGUCUACCCCGUUGGGACGGAUUCGGUGAUUCGGGUUGGAUGUCCGAGAUCAACAAGGACCGUUUGUUGGACCUUGUGGUGGCGAUCAAGAGCCAUAAAGACGUCGUCGGAAAUCGUUUGGCUGUUGCUCUUGAGGCCGUUCCCGAGGAACCAACAUCUCCACUUUUGUCCUAUCAGUCACAUCUGUCCCUUAAGAUCAUAGAGGGACGUGUCCGAUCUGGAAGUUAUGAAUCUGCGAAGGCAUUUGAUUUGGACAUGGCCCGUCUGUUCGAAAAGGCACGACGUUGGCACGAGCCUUGUACAGAACCAUACGGGCAUGUUUUACUCUUACAGCGGUUAUACCAUGCACUCACGUCGUCUUCUCCACCUUCUGGUCCACCCUACACCACCACGACCAAUUUUGCUUCCAUCCGUGCUGGCCCGGGGACCGCUCGUCCUCUCCACUCCACAGAUUCCGAAGGUGUCCCUGGUGUGACUACCUUCCGGGUGUCAAACAAAGACAGGACGUUCGUGGAGGAGGUCCAUUACAAGGGAUGGAGCAUCCGUCUCGCGGACUGGCUCCACCUCAGCAAUCCGGACGACCCGAGCCGGCCCAUCGUUGGUCAGGUUUUCAAGCCUUGGCUCUCUGAAGACCCCGCAAAAAAAGGACAGCCUGGUGUGACUGUUUGCUGGUAUUAUCGACCCGAACAGACGUUUCACCCGGCGCACACCAUGUUCAUGGAGAAGGAAGUCUUCAAGACAAGCCACUUCGCAGACCACCCCGUCGAAGACGUAAUCGAGAAGAUCGCAUGCCAAUUCACGGCCCGACACAUCCGCGGCCGACCCCGGCCUCCGUUCUGGUAUCCUGGCUGGCCGUUGUACGUCUGCCACUCGCGAUACAACGAUCGGGAACGCCUCUUCGUCAAGAUCAAAAACUGGAGCUCAUGUAUCCCCGAAGAAGUGCGCAAGAAGGAAGAAUUUAUGCCUAUCUAUGCCUUCGAGCGGUUAGUGUACCCUCCGAAAGUCGGCAGUCCGUUUGUGGGUGGUAAGAAUGCUGUGAAGGGUCCUGGAGGUAUCGGUGAACCAGUUGAGAGGGCAGAAGGGGAGAAGAUCGAGGGUGGGGGAACCGGGAGGAAGCGGGCGAAACGGAACAACGCUACUACGGCAGAGGGCACUGCGGUUGCGGGUACCAGUUCAAGCGCAACUUUGAUAAGGCCCGCUGCCACUCUUGCAGGCACGUCUAGUGCUCUUCCAUCGUAUUACUCGCAGCAGGCCGGACAAGCACAGAAAGCUCAUGGAGCCGCUACGGGCACAGAUGCCAAAGAUCGCACUAUGUUGACGGCCGCUGGCAACUUGACCGUGCCGCCUGUGGUGGAUAAGCUCCCUCCAGAAACCACGAAAUACUUCGAUCGGUCACCCGAGACAAAUGAGCUACUUUGGUUCGGCGCCCCGCCUCUGAACGUGGCACGGCCGCCGGCGGUCAAACACAGCCUGACCUACCUACAUUUCUUAGCCCGGAAACGAAAAGAAAUGGAUAAAUCGGAGUCGAGCGCGGAUACGGAUGCUGCGGACAAUGCUAUAAUGGAUGUGGACCAUAGUGACAAUAAUGGGGCAGAGGGUAGUAGUCGUGGUGGUCCCCACCGAGCGACGGCGAAGAGACUGCGUGGGACUGUGCCGCCCACAGUGACGGAGAUGAUGAAGACGGCUUUGGAUGCUGUAUCGGGACAGCUUGAACAAUGAAGCCUUUUCGCCCUAGUCGUGUUAUUCGAAGGUCUCCCUCUCUCUCCUGAUCCGGUUCCUGCUGUUGUGUUAUCCCCCAUGCCCAGGUUGACUCUUCCUCUACUUAUUUCCAUAUUGUAGAAGAAUUAAUUCUAUCGACGUUUCCAAGACAGAAGGAAGUCCCGUUCCUCUCUAUCUAAUAAGCCAG